CAGCGGUGUGCGAUGUGAUUAUGUGGUGUUGCGGCAAUGAAAUGAAACUGUUCCUGUCGAACGAAAUUGCACAUGGCGGCGGUAGAACAUCAUGGAAUAGGCGCUCCGUAGAAACGCGUCGGAAAACAGGUUGUUCAUUCCAAUUCCAUCCUCCCUAGGAGAGAUUUACAAUUUUACUGUGGUCAAUAGAAAAGUGCCCUACUACUGCUGCCUUGUCGAGAAGCAACAUUUCCAGAAUUAAAUAGCACACUGCGGCUUAAGAAGUCGAAUCAACUGGAGGUCUGCUUUUUUAAACGUGCAAACAAUCAGAAACUCACAAAGAUGACUACCACACGGGAGGACGUACUGCUUCAGAUGGGAGAAGUGCGGUUCAAGAAGGGUGACGGGACGCUUUACGUGAUGAACGAACGCAUCGCCUGGAUUGCGGAGCAUCGUGACACGGUUGCUGUAUCACACCGUUUUCAGGAUAUAAAAAUGCAAAAAAUUUCACCGGAAGGAAAGCCGAAGGUACAGCUGCAGGUCGUACUGCACGAUGGCAACAGUUCGACGUUUCACUUCGUCAACCGGCUCGGUCCGCAGGCACAGAUGGCCGACCGGGAUAAGGUGAAGGAGCUGCUGCAACAGUUGCUGCCAAACUUUCGGCGUAAAAUCGACAAGGAGCUGGAGGAAAAGAACCGUAUACUGACGGAAAACCCAUCGCUCUUGCAGCUGUACAAAGAUCUGGUCAUAACGCAGGUGUUGACGAGCGAAGAGUUCUGGGCACGGCACGCCAAGGAUUACAUGAACAAAGAGCAAACGGUAAAGCAAGAUAUUGGCGUGUCCGGUGCGUUCCUGGCGGACAUUAAGCCCCAAACGGAUGGGUGUAAUGGGUUGCGCUACAAUCUAACGGCGGACAUUAUCGAAUGCAUCUUUAAAACGUAUCCGGCCGUGAAGCGGAAACACACCGAGCACGUGCCGGGAAAGAUGACGGAGGCGGAAUUUUGGACAAAAUUUUUCCAGUCGCACUACUUCCACCGGGACCGUAUCGUGGCGGGCGGCACCAAAGACAUUUUCACCGAGUGCGGUAAGAUCGAUGAUCAGCAGCUGCGCCAGUCGGUGCAGGAGAAUCUCGGCGAUCCGUUGCUGGAUAUACGGGCGUUUGAAGACAAUACGCUGGAGGAUGGAUUUUGCAGUUCCGCCACUGCCAAGCAGCAGACAGUGAACAGCGGCAACAUCGUACAUCAGAGCAUGAUCAAGCGCUUCAAUCAGCAUUCGUUUUCCGUGCUGAAAACGUGCACGGAUGUGAAAACGUUAAACUGUGGCAUCGGUUCCAUACUGUCGGCAACGCCGGUUGCUACGGAUUCAGCCACCAACGGUAUGGCAGUUACUACGAAUGGGAAGGACAAAACGAACAGCAACAGUCAGUCGUCAGAUGGCAGCAACAACAACAACAAUACGGUGAACGGAUACAGCAAGAAAGAGAAAAGGAUGCACGAUCAGCACCACCUUGCCAAUGGGACCACAGCGGAGCACAAGAGUAAUGGGACCAGCACGGGAGCGAACGGGGCGUUUGUGGAGCCGACGAUUAAGAAGGCUCGGAUACAGGCGAAAAUUACGUACGAUGAUCUGGAAGGUGAAGAGGAUGAGCGGACCCGUGUGAAGCAGCUGAAUUUGACCAAAAUAGAACGUUACCUGCAUGGGCCUGUGCCAGCCGCAGGUGGCAGUGGUAGUGGUCACGAUUCAUCACUGCUCUCGCAUCAGCGUGGUGAAGGUUCGCGAAGUUUGCAUGAUUUCGAAACGACACAUGCAAUGAUCCUAGACGCCGCCAAUGGAACGUGGAGCAAUCGGACACCUCAUAAGCUGCUGGUCAGUCCGGCCGCCGCGGUCAGUGCACUGGGUGAUCUCAGUCCGGGUGGUGCGCUCAUGAGAGGAUUCCAGGAACAAAGCCUUGCCCAACUAGUGCCUCCGGAUAUUGAGAAGGAAGUGCGUAACCUUUACCUAUCGUUGCUGGAAUUGCUAAAGGAGUUUUGGAAAUGUUUCCCACCAACUACGCCUCAGCUAGAAUCGGAAGCAACUCGCAUGCACGAUAUACUGCAACGUUUCGCGAUGGUCAAAUUGAAGCCUUUUGAGGAUCGUGCCAUGAGAGAACUGUUGCCAUUGGGAUCCUCGCUAACGCAGCAUUUGAAUCAACUACUCCAGUCGGCCAACCGGAAGUACGCGAUUUGGCAGGAUCGGCAUCGUCGUACGCACAGGUAGCACUGCUCUCCGAUGCUCCACUAGCGGGGCCAAAAGGCAUCGGUGCGCCUGUCCACUAUCAUCACAUUGUCCCGACGCCAUCGCUGCGUUUGUUACCUUCCUCUAAAGAAUUGGUGGCAAAUAGCUAUCUCCUGUUCGUUUCCAUUGUCACCAUUACCAAAAUCGUCGUCUUCAUCGUCCUCGUCUUCGUAUUCGUUCUGCUCUUAAUAUUUUUUCUCUUCGAUAAUGAUGUGUGUAAUGCAUAAAGGGAGCAUUAGAGUUUGCGACCAUGCCAAAAGGGGGAUUCUUUUUCCAUUCGUUCAAUGUUUUGAUACCCAUAAAAUGGUUCUGGAAUGAAUUCGCAAAUGGAAGAGAAGUGAUAAUGAAUGUUCCACAUCAGGCAUCAGCCUGAUUCGGCUGUACAGGCACUACUAAAUAAAAAAAUGUCCGUUCCGAUGAA